AUGGCGAACCCCGAAACACAACAGCGCCUCCACCUAGUGCAAGCCCCGCACCUCGAAGAAUUCGUGCAGCGAAUCCUAAUCGGCAACGGCACCUCAACCGAGCACGCAACAAUAGUCGCGAAAUGCCUCGUGCAAGCGGACCUCCGCGGCGUCGACACACACGGCAGCAACCGCAUCCCCUCCUACAUGGAGCGCAUCCGGCAGAAGGCGCUAAACGCACAAGCAACACCCACAAUCCGGCAAGUCACCCCCGUAGCCGCGCAAGUCAACGGCCAAAACGGGUUCGGGUUCGUAGCCGCGCACGUGGGGAUGAAGCAGGCGAUUGCAAUGGCACAGGAGUUCGGGCUGGGCAUGGUGUCCGUCAAGCACUCGAACCAUUUCGGGAUGUCGGCGUGGCUGGUCAAGCAGGCGCUCGAGGCCGGGAUGAUGUCGCUGGUGUUUACGAACUCGUCGCCCGCGCUGCCGGUUUGGGGUGGGCGCGAGAAGCUCAUGGGCGUGUCGCCCAUUGCGUGUGGGGCGCCGGCGGAACCGGGGCGAACGCCGUUUAUCCUUGAUAUGGCGCCGUCGGUUGCGGCGCGCGGCAAGGUUUACAAGGCGCUGCGGCGCGGGGAGAAGAUUCCUACGGACUGGGCGCUUGAUGAUGAUGGAAACCGGACGGAUGAUCCUGCCAAAGCGCUGCAGGGCGUUAUGCUGCCCAUGGGCGGGCCUAAGGGCUCGGCGCUGUCGAUUAUGAUGGAUGUCUUUUCGGGCGUAUUUUCGGGUGCGGCGUUCGCAGGGCAUGUCACCAACCCCUAUGAUCCGUCGAAGCCCGCUGAUGUGGGUCAUUUCCUGGUGGUUAUCAAGCCGGAUUUGUUCAUGACUAUGGACGAGUUCACGGAGAGAAUGGACUAUCUGUAUCAGCGGGUGGUGGACUCAGACAAGAUGGCUGGCGUGGAUCGCAUCUAUUUCCCAGGUGAAAUUGAGAUCAUCACCGAGGAGCAGCGACUCUCUGAAGGCAUUCCCUUUGCAGAUGCGGAAAUCGAGAGUCUGAAUCGAGAAGCCGAUCUCGUCAAUGUCGAGCAUUUGAAAGUUGGGCAGUGA